AUGGCGUGCCUCGUCCAGGCGAUCUUGCGCCAAGAUGAGGACCGCUGUCGUGCAGAAGCUCUGGCACGGCUGUCGGAGAACACUGACCCUGACCUGGCUGUGGAGCUGCUUUUGAAGCUCAGCAGCUCCGAGGUUUUCAAGAUGCUGCGCCGGCUGAUCUCUGCCGGGCAUGACCCCGCGAAGUGGUUGCUGCCAAAGUUGCAGCAGUUCUUCGAGGUCGAUGACAAACAGGCCUGUGAGCUGGCGGUGGCUUGCCGCGCCUCCUUGCCAGUGGACCACGUUAUGUCCACAUUGGAGGAGUGUGAGACUCGCUGGAAGCAUGAGCGGCUGGGCCAGAAGACCUUGCAUUGA